AUGAGACCAGCCUCACCAUGCGGCUUCCCCUUCUCCCGGACCCAUUGGCUCCUCCGCCCUCCACCUCCCCAUCACAAACACAAUGACUCUUGUCUUCCCGGCACCCUGGGUUGCAGCCUUCUGUCCAUCGUCUUGUCACUAGCCCUACACCCGCCACGCGUCUGCAGUCCCUCUUCUACACCUCCGACAGCACAAGGAGAAUAA